AUGCGGGACUGGUCCCCAUCGCAGGGGGGACCGGUGGGAGCGCUGUUCUCUCUGGGCACGGGGUUUGGGGGGCACCACGCGACAGUGGGGGCCGUGGCCGAGGCUGGGCAGAGAGCCCGUCCCGGAUUCCUCCUCGUCUUCAGCUGCCUGGUGCUGUCCGUCUUCUCCACCAUCCAGGAGCACCAGAAAUUGGCCAACCAGUGCCUCUUCAUCCUGGUAAAUUUCAUCGUCUUUAUCGCCUCGGUGGCCGUCAUCGCCGCUGGCACCCAGGGCAACAUCUUCGCCACCUCGGCGCUGCGCAGCAUGCGCUUCCUGCAGAUCCUGCGCAUGGUGCGCAUGGACCGUCGCGGCGGCACCUGGAAGCUGCUGGGCUCCGUCGUCUAUGCCCACAGCAAGGAGCUCAUCACCGCCUGGUACAUCGGGUUCCUGGUGCUCAUCUUCUCCUCCUUCCUCGUCUACCUGGCUGAGAAGGACGCCAACGCUCAAUUUGCCACCUACGCCGACUCCCUAUGGUGGGGCACGAGCAUCCCGGAGACCGCGGCGUGCCACCACAGUUGCUGGCCUGCCACCCAGGUCACCGGCAUGGCACGGGACCCUGGGCCAGGGUCAGGGUUAGCGCUCGGUCUCUGCCACCGCCCCACUCUCGUACCCAUAGCCGACUGCCCACCGGAGGACAGCGGUGAGGAGAAGAGCUCCCACUGCGACCUGACCUUCGAGGACAUCAUGCCAGCAGUGAAGACCCUCAUCCGGGCUGUCAGGAUCCUGAAGUUCUUGGUGGCCAAGAGGAAGUUCAAGGAGACCUUGCGUCCUUACGAUGUCAAGGAUGUCAUCGAGCAGUACUCAGCCGGCCACCUGGACAUGCUGGGCAGGAUAAAAAGCCUGCAGAUGCGCGUGGACCAGAUCGUGGGCAGGGGGGCCCUCACCGCGGACAAGAAGAUGCGGGAGAAGGGGGAGAAGCCGGCGCUGGAGACGGAGCUGGUGGAUGAGCUCAGCAUGAUGGGGCGCGUGGUCAAAGUGGAGAGGCAGGGCUGGAGAGGAUGGCCCCCAGGGAGAGUGCAGUCCAUAGAGCACAAGCUGGACCUGCUGCUCGGCCUCUACUCCCAGUGCCUCCGCAAGGGCUCCACGAACUCCUUCAGCCUGGCCGCCGUGCAGGUGCCCCCCUGCGAGCCCGACAUCACCUCUGACUACCACAGCCCUGUGGACCACGAAGACAUCUCGGUCUCUGCCCAGACCCUGAACAUCUCCAGGUCGGCCAGCACCAACAUGGACUGA